UUGACCUUGGUUUCCAGCAAAACCUCCUAGUUGUAUCUUCAGAUCCAUUCAUGCAGAAAUAACUCUGUAAACUCUAAUCUGUGCAGCAAAUAUUUCAUAAAAAGUGUUGAACAUGAUGAUGUGACGAUAAAAACGACCAACAUUUGUCUUUAUUGGCUAACCUUACAGAAACAAUGUGAUGAUCCGUACCUCUUCUGAUUAGUUUUCUAGUUUUUGAUAAAGUUUUCCUCUGUCAGCAUGUCUCUGAACCGUUGUGCUGCUAGAGAAGCAGGCGGAUGUUGGACCGGUUUUAACCUUCUUGACCUGUGUGUACCUCCAGGUGGCUGUCUGGCCUCAGAACUCUCAUUCCUGUUUGAACCCAGUGAUGUGAUCGCUGUGAGGGAUCGCCUGCUCAUGCUGGACUGUCAGGUUCAGGGUGCACAGCCCAUCACGGUGACGUGGCGUAAAAACGGGUUGCCCUUACCCACCAGCCCGCGGGUCCAGGUUCUGGAAAACGGCACGCUGUUGAUCCAAAGGUUCCAAAAGCGCAAAGAGGGGAGCGACGCAGACACGGGCGAGUACGACUGUACGGCCCAGAACCGCUACGGCCUGCUGGUCAGCCGCAAGGCACGAAUCCAGCUGGCAUCUCUUCCAAAGUUCCACACCCACCCAGGGUCCAUGAGCGUCGAUGAAGGAGGCGUUGCUCGUUUCCAGUGUCAGAUAAAUGGAGUACCUGAAGCCAGAAUCAGCUGGGAGAAGGACCGGGUGGCUCUGAACACAUCUGACAGCAGGUACACCCUCCUUCCAAUGGGGAUCCUCCAGGUGACUGGAGUAAAGCAGGUGGAUGCAGGAGUGUUUCGUUGCGUAGCGUCCAACAUUGCUAACACUCGCUACAGUCAGGAAGCCAGACUGAACGUCACAGGUGGAGCUCCUAAAACCUACAAGGAGCCCUUCAUCCUGUCUGGGCCCCAGAACCUGACCAUCACUGUUCAUCAGACCGCUAUCCUGGAGUGCAUCGCCACAGGAAACCCACGGCCUAUUGUCUCCUGGAGCAGGCUCGAUGGACGUUCUAUUGGUGUGGAGGGCAUCCAGGUUCUGGGGACGGGGAAUUUAAUGAUCUCAGAUGUGUCCCUGCAGCACUCUGGUGUUUAUGUGUGUGCUGCUAAUCGACCCGGUACUAGGAUGAGACGAACCGCACUCGGACGCCUUGUGGUACAAGCGCCGCCUGAGUUCCUUCAGUGGCCGCAGUCUGUGUCCAGACCAGCAGGAGGCAGCGCCGUGUUCACCUGCGUGGCCAAGGGAGUCCCUGAUCCGCAUCUCAUCUGGCUGAAGAACGGGAAGGUUCUGACUCCCGGACACAACGUCAAGCUGACAAACAACAACAGCACUCUGGCUUUGACCCGUAUUACCUCUGAGGAUGAAGCCAUCUACCAGUGCAUUGCAGAGAACAGUGCUGGUACCAACCAGGCCAGCGCCCGUCUGGCUGUGACCCAAACUGAGGACCUGCCUGCCGCUCCCCAGGAGGUCUCAGCUAGCGCCAGAUCCACCAACUCCCUGCAGGUGACCUGGCAAAGUCCUCCCACUGGGACUGACAGCAUCAUCGGAUACGUCCUUCACAUUCGCAAGAUCGGAGAGCCUGACAGCAUGGAGCUGCAGGAGGCCAUCAGCAGAGACGCGUUUCAGCACGAUGUGACCAACCUGGAACCAGCCACCACCUACUCGCUGUACCUAAAGGCCUACUCAUCGAUGGGUCCGAGCCAGCAGUCCAACACCGUGGUGGCUACAACCCUCGGUGGAGUCCCAACCCCUCCAACCUACUUCACCAAGGUGUUGAACUCCAGCGCCGUGCACGUCCUCUGGGAGCUUCCAGGUAAAGCAGGUCAAGUGGAGGGCUUCAGGUUGUCCUACCGUAGAGUCCCCCAACCAGAAUACCAGGAGCCCAUCCAGCUGCGUUGUGAUGUCAACACCCACGUCAUUUCGGACCUUGAACCAGGAGCUGUGUAUGAAGUCAAACUUGUGGCCUACAAUGGGAAUGGAGAGAGUGACUGCUCCAAGAGGCUGGUGUCUCUAGCAGAACAAAGCUUCCUGUUUGUUGUUGCUGAAGGAGGAAGCAGUCUGUGCCAGUGUCGGGAUGCAGAGGCCUCCCUGGGCAGCGUCGUCGUAGGGAUCCAUAUUGGCACCGCCUGCAUCAUCUUCUGUGUAUUGUUCCUCAUAUUUGGGUAUCGUCGCAGGUGAGAACCCAUUACAUCACCUCCUGUUCUGAUGUCAGCCAAAUCAAAACACAAUCCUAAAAAUGUAAAUGAAACCUGUGAGUAUUGACUACUCCUCUCUCUGAAAACACCACUCCAUCACCCAGACCAAAACCAUUUUGAGGUCAAAGGUCAUGAAUCUGGACUGAAGUUCUGACAAUGCCAGACCAAAGAGAUACAAUGGGUCAGCUGAGCCCUGGAGAUAGGUUGGGCUGCAGGACAGAACCGAUCCCAUAGCUCUAUGAGAUCAGCGCCAGGUCCUGGGUGUCCUCUGGAGGACCUUGACAUAAUCAGGCUGGUCCACAGACACAUUAUGAGUGUGGACAGGUGACGUCUUGUUGAGGGACAGUAGCAGGAUUCUGUCUCAGAAAGAGUUAGGCAUGUUGACCUGAGAGGUUUCUGACAUAGCGCUGUGCUAUCUGGACAUUCUCAAGCAUUUAUCUGAACUACGACCCAAAAAGAUGCCAACACAUCUCUGGAGAAUACUCCGUCACGUUGUGCAUAGCUGUCUCGUGGGCCGUCCUCUCUGAUGGCCUUUACUCAAGGUUUGACUGUCCUGCACUC